GCCGAGCGGAACAAGUUUUCAGUUCUUCGGAAGCUACGUUCGGGUGUGAUCACGGAAUUUCCUAGGGUCUUAUCGCUACGCGCAGCAGACAGUGUUUAUAAGCAGAAAUCAGAGAACGAUCGUAUUCGGGAUCUUCCGCAGUGCAGGUUGAUGAACCGGGUCGAUCGGAUAAAGGUUUAUGUGAUUGGAAAACCUGAUUCCAGCGCAGUGUCAAGAGUUCUUUGCAAUUUGCAACAGCUUUGAGUGAGAAGCUACAAGGAGCUUCAAAAUGAGACUCAAAUAUAUGUUGGGAAUAAUUCUGAUAGCAGCUCUACAUCAAUCCAACUGUCAAAGACCUCAUCGGUUCUCCGAGGAUUCCUCGCAGGACAAUGCCUUAGACAUAGUAGCCGAUAGUGUUACCAAUUUGGCUCAGAAAAUUAGCCGAGUCAUAGUAGGCGACCGGAGUAAGACGGAAAUUUUUUCACCAGUUAGUAUCGCGGGCGCUCUGUCGCUGUUACUGCUCGGAUCCGGUGGUACAACCCGGACAGAACUGAUGGAGUUGAUGGGUUUCUCGAACAGUACGAUCAGAUUCACCGAAAUUCACAAAGGCUUCGGUAAACUUUUCGGCGAGCUGGUGUCCAACAAUCCGAGCCUCAAAGCCAAUGUGCCCUGGCGGGAGAACGACACGUGUAACAACGUGGACUAUGAUGAUUUUACUGAUUCACGAAGCAGCUUCCAGAAAGAAACCAAGGGACGGCGCCACCGGCGAGAUGCAGACUUACACCUAAUUGCUGUUGCCAAUGGCGUGUUUGUGAAUCAGGAUCUGCCCAUAAGCAGUUCUUACGCUAUGUUAGCCCGAACAUUAUACGGCGCAGAAAUACAGCAGCUCGAGUUUGGCCGUAAUCCUACGAAAACUGCGUCCAUCAUCAAUCAAUGGGUCCGGGAGAAAACCAGGAAUAAAAUUCAGGAAAUUGUUUCAUCAAAUCAAGUAAACGAUAUUCCAAUGGUUUUGGCAAGUGCUCUCUAUUUUAAAGCCAAGUGGGAAACCAUGUUCAUCGAACCGGACACAAAACCAAGACCGUUCUAUAUUAACGGAAAAAACGCGCCCCCUGUUGAUGCAGUGGGUAUGGCAACAUCCGGAUGCUUCCCAUACUACGAUGCGGAAGAAAUAGAUGCUAAAGUUGUUGGUUUGCCUUAUCAAGAAGGUAAGUCCACCAUGUACAUCCUGAUGCCAAAUAAUUCGAGCAGGACGAAACUAGCAUCUUUAAUACAAGGCGGGUUCAGAUUACAACAGUUUAAUCAGAUGAUAGAUAAAAUGCAAGUGAAGACGGGGACAAUUGCGAUGCCAAAGAUGAAAUUGGAGAGCACAAUUGGUUUGAAAGAAGUUCUGAUUGGUUUGGGGGUGCGAACCAUUUUCGAUCCACAGACAAGCAAUCUCACUGGAUUGACUAGAAAUACUCAAGGAUUUGAGGAACCUGGCCGACGCAGACCAUCUACCACUUCCAAAAAACCUGAAAUCGACCCAGUAACUUCAACUGCUCAAGGAUUUGGAUCUCCUGAUCGACGCAGGCCAUCUACUACCCCCAAGCAACCAGAAAUAGAAUCUUCUACUACUGUACCAGCACCGAUCGUUUUUCCGCCCCAAGUUCGUCUUACUGUUACCCUGAAGGAGUGCAACUCAUUCAAUAACUGCAAACUCAAUCGUAGUACCUGUUUUUGUGAUUUACGCACACGUGGACCAGAGGAUGCAAGAGGAUGUCACAUAAAACCUUUGUAUGUGGCAAGUCAAUGUCCCACCGGGACAUAUAAAAAACCCAUUUAUAACGCUGAAAUGUGCAUGGCAGAAUCGUAUAACAUAUUGUCUGAGCCUAGACACGAAAGAUGUUCUCAAAAUGGAUGUCACUUUAUCUCAAAUGUAUGCUACUGCUGUAAAUAUAAACCAUCACCAACCCCUACCGAUAUACCCAAAUUACAACAACCACAACAGUUUAAGCCAGAAAACAAUCAACAAUUCCGAGCACCGGAACCAACUGUGCAACCUUUCGAAGUUUCGCAACGACUUAACUCUGCCAACCAGAACAGUCCUCAGAACAAUCCAAGGUUAGAUACUUCCCAGUGUCAGACAAUCCAGGAAUGCCGCAAUCAGUAUGAUUGCUACUUCGUAACACGAUGCCCUGUUAUCAACGAUCUGUACGCUCAAAACCAACGACAGGAAACUCGAUACAAACGUCAAAGCGGGAAUAACGAAAGGCCUAGCAUGUACGUGGGGCAAAUCAUUCACAAAGUCAGCCUGGAUAUCAACGAGGAGGGCACCGAAGGUGGUGCAGUCUCUACCGUAGUAAUCGAUCGUAUAUCGUCAUCAUUUACGAUACGUAUAGACGGACCGUAUAUCAUUUAUCUGCGAAAUGAUGUCACAAAGCUGCCACUCUUCUACGGCCCAGUGUACGAUCCAAGAUCUUAGAGAUAAAGAUUGUACGUUUCAGUUAACAGGUUACUGAAUAAAAUAACGUUAAUAAUGA